AUGGCUUGGCGUUUUAAAGCCUCAAAAUACAAAAAUGCGGCACCUAUUGUGCCUAAGCCCGAAGCAUGCAUCAGAGAUGUAUGUGUGGGCUCAUAUCAGACAUAUGGGAACAAUAUCUGUGCUUCGGCUGCCUUCAUGGCGUUUAAUUGGGAGCAUGUUGGCUCAAGUAUGGCAGUAUUGCCCCUUGAUGAUUGUGGACGUAAGAGUAAAACAAUGCCGCUGCUCCAUGCACAUUCCGACACCAUAACUGACAUGGAGUUUUCACCAUUUCAUGAUGGCUUGCUGCUAACUGGAUCCCAGGACUCUUUGGUAAAGGUAUGGCACAUUCCUCCGGAGGGGUUGAAGGAGUCCCUUUCAACCCCAGAAUGUACACUAUCACAGAAGCAGCGGAGAGUGGAGAAUGUGGGCUUUCACCCCGUCGCAGAUGGGCUGAUUCAUGUGGCCUCAGGACAUGAAUUGGCGCUAUGGGAUCUGACUAAACAAAAGGAAGUUUUUGUAAAUAGAGACCAUGCAGAAGUGAUACAGUCUACAUCUUGGAAAAAAGAUGGAAGAUUGCUAGCAACCUCUUGCAAAGAUAAGAAGUUGCGUGUGAUUGACCCACGAGCAGAUAGUCCCAUCAUCAAUGUUGCGAACAGUCACCAAAAUAUCAAGGACAGCAGGGUCGUUUGGCUCGGAGAUCAGGACAGGAUCCUUACUACUGGUUUCGACUCGGCUCGUCUGCGCCAGAUAAUGAUUAGGGAUGUACGCAACCUCUCACAAACUCAGAAGACUUUGGAACUUGAUUGCUCAACCGGAAUAUUGAUGCCGUUGUUUGACUCUGAUACUAAUAUGCUGUUUUUGGCCGGCAAGGGAGAUACGACCAUUUUAUACAUGGAGUUAACUGAUAGGGAGCCAUUCUUGAUCGAGGGAUUGAGGCAUUCAGGUGAACAAACCAAAGGUGCUUGCUUGGUACCGAAACGAGCACUUCGCGUCAUGGAAGGUGAAGUGAACAGAGUUCUGCAACUCACGGGCUCUUCUGUUGUGCCAAUUAUGUAUCAAGUUCCUAGAAAGAGUUACCGCGAGUACCACGCCGAUCUUUACCCGGACACCAGUGGGUCGGUGACGUAUUUGAGCGCGCCUAUGUGGCUCGAAAACCAAGACUACCCCGUGCCCAAUAUAUCUCUGCACCCGGACGCGAAUAACGCUCAGGUUACACAUCGUGGAAAUUUAGAAGAAGUGGUAAAGGCAAUUCUCGCAAUGCCUCCUCCAAAGAAGACUGAAGUAAAAAAACCAACAACGCCAGCACCAAGCGAAGAUCAACCAAAACCAGUUAGCAAACCGCAGCCAACUUCAGAAGCGAAAGACGAAGAUCGCAUAGAUUUCGUCAACGUGAAAGACCUAAUAAAAGGUAUGGAGAAACAGAGCAAAGAUCCUAAACCAGUAGAUUAUUCCAAAGAGACAAACGGUUUUCACAAGAAACACAUCGAUAACGGAAUAGACACAUACGAUAAAACCGAGGACAUUGUGACGGAAAAGAACGAAAUAAACGAGAGAGAGAAAACUGAAGACAUCAGUGAGAAUUCUGAAAAGAACUUUGUUAAGACUGAUAGCGCCGAGUCCACAGAGUCGAGUUUAUCAAGAAGCAACAGUUUGAUUAACGGAAUGCCUUCUCAAGCGCCGAAACCUUUGCCCAGGUCUUCUAUAUCGGAAGCAGGAUCAGCUGACGAACAUUCCGAAGCGCCCAAACCUAAACCAAGGACUACUGCAGUACCUAUAUCUGGUUAUAAGCCACGCCUUGGCCCCAAGCCGUUCUCAGCGUCCGCUGGCAACGAAGAGUUCUCCUUCGACAAAGUUUUCUCAGUACCAGCAGUUCCGGGCCUGACCAAAUCUGAUUCAGCAACGUCUCCGUUGUCUGGACCGGGGGCAACGACCCCUGCUGCAUCAACGCCCAUUGUCAAAGAACCAUCCGAAGAAAAGGAAAAGUCUCUCUCGCCCACGAGCGAUGUUGAAGUCGCACCUAAAGAAGAAUUUGCGAACGGCAAAUCGGACACCAGCCUAGAAGAAGAUGUGAACUCAUCCGACUCAGGAUACAGACCGAAGACGCCUAGUACUGCCGAAAGAAGGAAACUGUUUGAAACCACAGAUGGAAGCCAGUCUAUAGCAGACCGGCGUCGCACUUACGAGAUGCGGUCUGUGAGUGUGGUAGUGGAAUCUGAUACGCCUCCGUCGCCGGCACCGUUGAGGCGAAGAGACUCGUUUAAGUCUCGCAAAAGUCCCGAUCGUGAAGACAAGCGCGCUUCGGUGCCGAACGUCACUACAAAGAGGACAUCUACUGUAUUCGGUAAAGUAUCGAAGUUCCGUCAUCUGAAAGGCACACCCGGACAUAAGUCGACGCAAAUAGAAAACAUCAAGAACAUCAGUCGUCAGAUCUCCGGCGAGUGCAACGGAUUCUAUGCCAACGGGGUCCGUUGCGCCGUCCCCCUAGGCGGGGGCGGAGGCCGAGUUGGUGUGAUCGAGCUCCCCGUGGGGGCUACUGUAGCGGCUAAGGCGGCGCCCCUCCAUCCCGGGGGGCUGCAGCCCUGCGCCCUGCUGCAUCCCGCGGUGCUGCAGGACUGGGCCUGGGACCCCUUCCGGGACAGCAGGCUGAUAGUGGCCUGCGACGACGGACUGGUGCGAGAGUGGAUCAUACCCGAGGGUGGCUUACAAGAAUCUACGAACGAGCCUAACAGAACAUUCGCCGCUCACCCGGACAAGAUUUACCUGAUCCGAUUCCACCCGACGGCUUCCGAUAUUCUCACGACUGCUGCCCACGACCAGACUGUCAAGAUCUGGGAUUUAAGUCCGGAGACUCCAGUGGCUUCUAUAACCCUCACCGGUCAUAGUGACCAGAUAUUCUCCAUAGAUUGGUCGCCGUGUGGGGAAUACUUGGCUACUGUGUGCAGAGAUGGGUUGAUAAGGAUAUACAAACCUCGCACAUCGACUGAGCCAAUACGCAGUGGGCCGGGGCCAGUGGGAAGUCGCGGGGCUAGAGUAGUUUGGGCACUCAACGCCACGCAUCUAGUGAUCACUGGCUUUGAUAAAGUAUCGGAACGUCAAAUUCUUCUAUACAAAGCGUCGGAUCUGUCUGCGCCGGUAUGCACUGUGGGAUUGGACGUUUCACCCGCAAUACUGCAGAUACACAUAGACCACGACUCGGGCACUUUGUUCCUCACGGGAAGGGGCGACUCCACGAUAUAUUGUUACGAAGUGACAUGCGAAGCUCCGUUCCUCUGCGCUCUGUCUCAUCACAGAGCGUCUACGCUGCAUCAAGGCAUCGCUUUCUUGCAAAAGAAUUUGGUAGCUGUGGAAAAGGUUGAAUUCGCUCGGGCGUUGCGACUCACGAAUGGAAAUAUCGAGCCACUGUCAUUCACUGUGCCUAGGAUAAAAAGCGAGUUGUUCCAAGACGACCUGUUCCCCCCGACGCUGGUGACGUGGCAGCCCUGGAUGAGCGGCGCUGAUUGGUUGGCGGGCCGAGCGAUACAGCCCCGGACUGCGAGUCUGCAGCCCGAAGGCAUGGAGCCCCUGUCGGCGCACUCUACGCCAUCUCCCGUGACUCGUGAAGCUCGCGAGAAACCCCAACAGAAGCCCAAGCCGGAUCUUAUACGGUCGCACGUGCCGAUCGAUGCCAAGGAGAAACAGGAAAAUAUUAUGAAAUCCAUGAGUGCUAAAAUGCAAGUGGAUCUGAAACUAGAACAGGACAACAUGGAAGGGGUCGACGAGUCCGAAUGGGACCAGUGA